AUGGCAGAAAAGCGGCUUCUUACGGAGAUCAAAAAACUCGCCAAAAGUCCACCACAGAACGCAAACCACCAAAUCUUAUCUUUGGCCCCAAUAGAUAUGGAGUCUUCGCUCCACCACUGGAAAGCAGUUAUUGCAAAGCCUACGCGGGAAGACAGCCACUAUUACUAUAAUGGGAAAUGGACUCUAGACAUCACUACAGAUUCUACAUAUCCGCUUCAGCCACCCACCAUCCGCUUUAACAAGGACACGCCGAUUAAUCAUCCAAACGUCAACUUCACAACCGGAGAAAUUUGCCUAGACAUCUUAAAGAGUGAUUCUUGGUCGCCUGCGUGGGACUUGGAACAUUUAGUAGAGGCUAUUUUGAUGCUAGUAGAUGAUCCAGAACCGGACUCGCCUUUGAACGUGGAUCUGGCCAAUCUCUUUCGUCUAGACAAGGCGGCCUUUGAAUCCAUGGUUCAAUAUACCAUGUGGAAGCAUGGCACUUUGUUCCUGAGCCAAAAGGACUCACAGGGGACAAAGGCAGGUAAUGAAGACAAGAAAGGGGACAGUGAAAAAUUCGACUCGCCCGAAAGCACCGGUGAAGAGGAAAGCAGUGGGAAGAUUGUCACACAAAGACUUGAGGUGAAGUCGCCGGAGACAACUUUCACCCUGGCAUUGAGCUCUCCCGUAUCGGAUGUCGAUCAUCUCAAGAACUUGGAAUCGAUUCGCAGAGUGGGCAAAGAGGUGACAAAACUGCUCUUGGAAAAGGCGAAAGAAGUUGAGUCAAAACACGAAAACGGCGACUUCAAGCUUCUGGAUGCUGUUCAAAACCAAGUGUCCAAUAACGUGGCAAAGCAAGUUGAGGAGAUUUGCCAGAGUUCAGCGAGUUGUCUACGGCCUCAAUACGCGAGUUGA